AUGCUUGGAAUGGAAUUGCAGAGACCUAAUAAGGGUGGCAGCUCAGUCACGGUGUUCAAAAGAAGCGAAGCUCCAAAAGCAGUUCAGGACAUCAUAAAACGAUCUGCCCCCCGAGAAGAUGAGGAAAUCGCGGAGAAAAAUGGCAUGACCUCACACAAAAAUGACAGCGAUUCGGGUGACUCCAGCGACAAGGUUCAGGACAUCGCUCAAAACACGGCAAUUUUUACAUGGCAAGAUGUCAACUACACCAUCCCAUAUAAGGGUGGGCAGAGACAACUACUACGAAAUGUUCAAGGGUAUGUCAAGCCUGGUCGGCUGACUGCAUUGAUGGGCGCUUCUGGUGCAGGAAAAACCACUUUGCUCAACGCGCUAGCACAGCGAAUCAAUUUUGGUGUGGUCACUGGUCACUUUUUAGUUGACGGAAGGCCUCUACCAAAGAGCUUCCAGAGAGCGACAGGAUUCGCCGAGCAGAUGGAUAUCCACGAACCCACGGCUACUGUACGGGAAUCGCUUCGGUUUUCUGCUCUUUUACGUCAACCAAAAGAAGUCCCAUUACAGGAAAAGUAUGAUUAUUGUGAGACAAUCAUUGAUUUGUUAGAAAUGCGCUCCAUCGCCGGCGCAACCGUCGGAUCUGCGGGAUCGGGCCUCAACCAAGAGCAGCGCAAACGACUCACCAUUGCAGUGGAGCUGGCAAGUAAGCCAGAGCUGUUGCUUUUUCUGGACGAGCCCACAUCCGGCCUCGAUUCUCUGGCCGCGUUCAACAUUGUACGCUUCCUUCGCCGACUUGCAGAUGCUGGUCAGGCCGUUCUCUGUACAAUCCAUCAACCCUCUGCCGUGUUGUUUGAGAAUUUCGAUGAACUAUUGUUGCUGAAAAGCGGUGGAAGCAUUGUUUAUAAUGGCCCCCUUGGCAAUGACUCCAAGACGCUGAUUAAUUACUUUGAAAAAAAUGGCGGGAGGAGUUGCUCACCGCAUGAAAAUCCGGCAGAGUAUAUGUUGGAAGUCAUUGGAGCCGGAAACCCUGAUUAUAAGGGGCAGGACUGGGGCGAUGUGUGGACCAAUUCGCCAGAAUCCAAGCAGCUUUCUGAGGAUCUUGAGGGGAUCAUUGCUUCCCGUUGCAAUGCUCAAAGUGACGAGAAGACUGAAGACGGUCGCGAGUACGCAAUGCCUCUCUCUGUUCAAGUGGUCACAGUCACCAAGCGCGCGUUUGUGGCUUACUGGAGAACCCCAGACUACGUCCUUGGUAAAUUUAUGCUCCACAUUUUUACCGGUCUUUUCAACACCUUCACAUUCUGGCAUCUGGGGAACAGCUCCAUCGACAUGCAAUCACGACUCUUCUCUGUCUUCAUGACAUUGACUAUUGCUCCACCGCUAAUCCAGCAACUCCAACCGCGGUAUCUCCAUUUCCGAGGUUUGUAUAAAUCUCGUGAAGCUAAUUCCAAGAUUUACUCUUGGGCAGCCUUUGUAACGAGCACAAUUGUCCCAGAGCUGCCAUACUCAAUUGUUGCCGGAUCAGUUUACUUUAACUGCUGGUACUGGGGCACUUGGUUCCCGCGCGACUCGUUCAGUUCCGGCUAUGUUUGGAUGUUGCUAAUGCUCUUUGAGCUAUACUAUGUUGGACUUGGCCAAUUUAUAGCCGCGCUUGCACCCAAUGAGCUCUUCGCAAGCCUGCUAGUGCCAACUUUCUUUACCUUUAUCGCUUCUUUUUGCGGUGUUGUUGUUCCAUACGUCGCGUUGCCGCAUUUUUGGCAGUCCUGGAUGUACUGGCUUACGCCUUUUCACUAUCUACUUGAGGGAUUUGUUGGAGUCAUCACUCAUAACGUCCCCAUGCGCUGUAUUGAGCGUGAAGAAGCCCGCUUUAGCACGCCAGCUGGCAUGAACUGCCAAGAAUAUGCUGGGUCUUAUGCCGAAAAAGCCGGUGGGUAUGUUCGAGACGUUGGGAAUGGAAUGUGCUCAUUCUGUCAAUACUCGACCGGUGAUCAAUAUGCGAAGAGCCUCAAUGUGUUUUACUCACACAAGUGGAGAGAUUAUGGAAUCUUCUGGGGAUAUAUCAUCUUCAACUUUGCUCUUGUUUUCGUCUUUUCCUGGCUGUAUUUGCACGGUCGCCAAGUGUUCACUCGUAUCCUCCUUCUCUCCGCAUGUGUUAUUGACCCAACAUAA